GUAGUGGCAAAAUCUGAAUUGCUUGCAAGAAGUCUAUUAUCAGCUACAGAUAACAAAGGGAACUCCUUAUUACAUAUGGUUGGCCUAAAAAGAAAAAGUCAAGCUAGUGAAAAGAUGCAAAGCCCUGCAUUCCAGCUACAAAAAGAGUUGCUGUUGUUUAAGAAAGUGAAGUCAGCCUGUAAGAUGCAUUUGACCAAGCCUCUCAACAAAGAUAACCAGACUGCUGAAGAAUUAUUUGCUGCUAGGAAUGAGAGACUCCAUCGAGAUGCCAAGGAAUGGCUAAUGCGCACCACUGAGAAUUGCACCAUUCUUUCUGUUUUCAUAGCCACUGUUGCCUUUGCAGCAGCCUACACGGUACCAGGAGGUCCUAAUCAAGACACCGGUAUUCCAAUCCUUAACUCUAAACCCUUGUUUGUGGUUUUCAUAUUAGCUGAUGUGUUCUCCCUCACUUUGGCUUUGACAUCUGUGGGUAUAUUUCUCUCCAUCCUUACAUCCUCAUUUCCACUACAAGACUUCGAAACAUAUCUUUUUAAGAAGCUGACACAGGGAAUUAUAUGUAUGAUCCUCUCGGUCUCAAUGAUGGCGGUGGCGUUUGGAGCAACAAUCAUCCUGAUCAUGAUGACACAUAAUUGGAAAAAUGCUGUUUGGAGUGUGGUUGGAUUUCUUCCUGUCCCCAUUUUUUUUCUCUCAUAUUCACCUCUACGUUCAGCAGUCCUGGGACGUUGCACAGAAUCUUCCAAAAAUUUUGUUGCAAAAUUCCUCAAAGGUGUUGCCAUUGGGGUUGGAAUAUUCGUCUUUGUCCUCUUUUAUUGUUUAUAUCUAGCUUUCAAAGGACUGUUCUGGACCGUGAAAAAGUCUUUUCGUUGGAUUUGUGGGAAUAAAUCCGAUACCCAAUCUCCACAGCCAACUGCAGCUCCAAUUACUCAAGUUUGAAAGAAGAAACAGAAUUUCGUUUCAGAACUCUUUUCAGAGCAUGUUGUCCUCUCUUCUUUUUCUAUAAAGUAACAGAACUUGCCUGUGUAA